UGAGGGGAGGGGAGGGCUGGUAGGGAUGGCACUGGUUUACUACAAACACAAAUCACUAGACAAGAACUCAGCAUCUACGCCACAAACAAUGAUACUUCGGUGUUUAAUUAUCUUGCUCGUUCCAAACUUGGGACGGUCGGCUAGUACGUCUGGAAGUGUGGGAGACAGAUGCACAACGCCCAACGACGAGGCCGGGGAGUGUCGCGGUCUCAAGAAGUGUCCAGUGCUGCUGGAGCUGCUGAGGGAGAAUGAGCCGUCGUCGACGUCGCUGCUGAACGAGUCUAGGUGCGGGUUUGAAGGUCUGGAGUCGCUCGUGUGCUGCCCUGACCUCAGCUCUCGUAGACCUAUCUGGAGCGACACUGUCAGGAACAGAACCUCCUCAGUCAGUCGCCCGUCAUCGCAGAGUCAGACUGGAGGCAGCAGUACAGCUCGCUGUGGCAAGAACACUAUCGCUGCUGCUGUCGGCGAUAGAAUAGUUGGCGGACAAGACGCAGCUCUAGGAGAGUGGCCUUGGAUAGCAGCUUUGGGGUACACAUCUAGCUCCAGGGCUGGGCUGCAGUGGUUGUGUGGAGGCGCUCUGGUAACCAACAGACAUGUCAUUACCGCAGCGCACUGUGUCGUCAUACCUCAGGACAAGACACUAUCUGUGGUGCGGCUAGGUGACCUAGACCUAGAGGAAGGGGUCGUCGACGGAGCCUCUCCGGUCGAGGUGGACGUUGACCGAGCUAUUCCCCACCCCAACUACAGAAGCUCAGGCAAGACUGAUGACAUUGCCGUGGUGCGGCUGAAGACACAGGUCCAGUUUAACGAUUUUAUCCAGCCAAUCUGCCUUCCCUCCACAUCUUACUUCAGAUCUACAUCUUUGACAGGCCAGAAGCCUUACGUCGCAGGAUGGGGUGCUCUUUUCUUCAGAGGUCCCUCUACCAAGGCACUACAGCAAGUUGAUGUAUCCAUCACAGCUGAGAAUGUAUGUAGGAACGCAUACUCCAGUCAGCGAGGGGCUGUCAUUGACAACAGAGUGUUGUGUGCCAGCAACCCGGGCAAAGAUGCUUGUCAGGGUGACUCUGGAGGCCCUCUCAUGUUGGGUCGGGAUGACACGUUCUACCUCAUCGGCGUUGUCUCUUACGGCAAGAACUGCGCUGAUCCGCAAUACCCCGGUGUCUACACUCGUGUGUCGUCCUUCAUCAACUGGAUAAACAACAACCUCAACUGAACCAACAACCAGUAUGCGAGUGCUGUAACAGUAUAUUGACGUCCACAUUUCAGUGUCACCCUUCGUCAACCAAUCUAAACCUGAAAUUAUAAUUUUCAAUUUGUUUGACAAGUUGAAGUAUUUCUAUCGUUACAUCACUACAGUCGUUAUGGUGUAAAUUAAAUUUUGAUAACACACAUAAAUAGCUAUUACUUCAAUUUUUUAGCAAUCUCUCAAGAACAUUGAUAGAUAGAUACCAUAAUAAAAGAGAUAGUAAAAACAGAGGUAGAGACAUCUGCCCCAAAUCAAAUCAAAUCAAAUACUGGUGUAUUAUUUGUCCCGAGAACUUGAUCGAUCUCAACAUAUAAGUGAGGCCGAUGUACAUAUUAUUUUAUCGUGAUAUAUUGCAAGUAAACUGAGGAAUUUGAAUUUUGUACGUAUUCUAAUAUUAGUGUUAGCUUACAUAUUCAUUGGCAAACAAAAACGAAUUUAGAAUUUCCAGAACAUCAGGUUCCAUUAAUUACAGGUUUAUGCUUGCUAGCUUUAAAUUGUUUUAAUUUUUUAUAAUGUACUGAAAACACAACUGCAUUUCAUGCAGGUUGGUUUGUUGUAAUGAGAAGUUUUAACGUUUAUGAGUUUUAAGUUGUAUGUUUAACUAUUUAACUAAAUUAUUUUAGGUAGUAAUAAAAUUAAAAGAAAUUUUUUACUUA